GUCUUUGUGGUACACGCGGCCUCUCUAGCCGCACUCGACGUCCUCUCGGUGUCAGCGCGGGGCAGGAGGCAGUGUGGAGCGCCGAGUCCGGCCUGUGCAGACAGACAGGGUGCUUUCGGCGACAGUGGCAGCUCUGGUGGACGGCUGACGGCUGCUGACUUACCGAAGAGAUUUCUAGACAAAAUAAAACAGGGGAAACCUCCUAGACUCAAGAAUGAUGGAUCCAUGUUCAGUUGGAGUCCAGCUUCGGACCACACAUGACUGCCAUAAAACCUUCUACACUCGGCACACAGGUUUCAAGACUUUGCAAGAGUUAUCAUCAAAUGAUAUGCUUUUACUUCAGCUUAGGACUGGAAUGACACUUUCUGGCAAUAAUACAAUUUGUUUUCACCAUGUAAAAAUUUAUAUCGACAGAUUUGAGGAGUUACAAAAGUCAUGUUGUGACCCAUUUAACAUACACAAAAAGCUAGCCAAAAAGAAUCUACAUGUAAUUGACUUAGAUGAUGCCACGUUUCUGAGUGCAAAGUUUGGAAGACAGCUGGUACCUGGUUGGAAGCUUUGCCCAAAAUGUACCCAGAUCAUCAAUGGAAGUGUGGAUGUUGAUUCCGAUGACCGCCAGAGACGGAAACCCGAGACAGAUGGAAGAACUGCUAAAGCUCUGAGGUCACUGCAGUUCACAAACCCGGGAAAGCAAACAGAAUUUGCUCCAGAAGGUGGUAAAAGGGAGAAAAGGAAGCUCACCAAGAACUCGAGCGCUGGCUCUGACAGACAAAUUAUUCCAGCGAAGAGUAAAGUCUACGACAGCCAGGGUCUGCUCAUUUUCAGUGGCAUGGACCUCUGUGACUGCCUUGAUGAGGACUGCCUGGGAUGCUUCUACGCCUGUCCCACCUGUGGCUCUACCAAAUGUGGGGCUGAAUGCCGCUGCGACCGCAAGUGGCUGUAUGAGCAAAUAGAAAUUGAAGGAGGAGAAAUAAUCCAUAAUAAACAUGCUGGGUAAUUUAUAGUAUCAAACUAUGGGGAUUUUAAACCUCUCUCUUUUCUGAAAUUCUAUCGCUUUGAAAUUCAGUUAUAGCCUAAUUGUUGAAAAGUAAAUCUGAAGCGCUUCAGUAUGAACUUGGUUUCAUUUCGGUGCUUCACGGUAGAUGUUAAUUUAGAUGGGUUGUUCUCCAGGGCCAGCUUUAAGGUUGUCUUGGUCAGUCUAACAAGUGUAGGUAGCUUGCACCUUGUAGGGUUCCCAUAGGCACAGAUUUCAGUAGUGGUGAUUUAGUUGAGUCCCACCCAUCUCCUAGCAGCCUCAAGCAGAUUUGGGUUUACCUCAGGGUAUUGUUAGCUGCAUGGAGUUAUAACUCCUGCAGAAGUCAGGGUGUGCUUAGCCACCGCGCUCCGUGCUCUGUGCCAAUCGCGAGCUGCUUUUCCGCUCUGCCAGUUGUUGCUGUCUGUACACCUGUUAUUUAAUUCACUUACAGCAAAGCAUAUGGUCUGUUAUCUCCCUGUCACCCAUAUGAUAUUUUACAAAAGUGAUCACCCAAAUAACUGACCAGCAAAGAAGUGAGCCUUGACCAUUCUGGAAGUAAAUUUGGAUCAGUCGUAAAUGGAAUUGUAGACAACGGAAGUAUUGAUACAGUUCUGGAGACAGACAUGCGUCAGAGGAACCUGGUGGUGGAAACUUGCCCAUCUUGCUGAGGAAAAUGGCUGUGACGAGCAGGAAGAUUGAUUGUCCCAGGAAAAAUGAUGGUGAAAACUUCACAUUCAAGGUUAUUUAUUGUAAAUAGAUAUUUCACAAUAUUGGAAUGGUCAGAAAGGUUCCUAUUUAUUGUUAUUAACAAAACAGGCUAACACUAUUCAGACUAAUUAGGGGCAGUAAAACAAAACUCCAUUUCUUAAUAAACAAACUUUAAUUUUCUUAUCCUUUUAUAGCUGCAAGCCUUUGAUACUUUGGAUAUUUAAAGGUCGUAGCAGUCCUCAUUCUCUGUGAUCACUAGUGUUUCUCUGGUGGUGUGGCCCCUCACUUUGUGCGUAUAGGCCCAGCCCUUAGCUGGGAACAGGGCCUAUACAAAAAAUUGAUACAAAAAUUGAUCUCCAUACAACAGAGUAGUUGAGUGUUAGAUUCUUUUGAAGAUAAUCUAGAUACCUAAGUGCUAAAAUACAGUUCCUUUUCUUCCAACUGAAAAUGAACAUAGAUGCUCACUACACUAACAGCUUUUCACUUUCGAAUCUAUGCAUUCUUGGUGAAAGCUUGUUCCUGGGGAAAAAGUCUUUCCUCUUUUUAUGUGUAAAGCAUAAGUAUAGUACAUAAAUGGCUGCACAUUUGUCAUAGUUGCUGGACGGAGACAAGAAAAGAAAGCAUUUUAUUGUGGGCUUGCUUACAGUUCAGAGGCUUAGUCCAUUAUCAUCAUGGUAGGGAGGGUGGUGGCGUGCAGACAGAUGUUUAGAGCAGUCUGAGACCUUUACACUCUUAUCCACGGGCAGAGAAAAAGAGCCUGGGCCUGACAUGGGCUUUUGAAACCUCCAGUGACACAAUUCCUCCAAGGCCAUGCCUCCUAAUCCUUAGCAAAUAGUGUCACUCCGGUGAUUAAGCAUUCAAAUGUAUGGGCCUAUGGGGCUAUUUUUUUUUUCACAUAAUCACAGCAUUAAGAGCUAUAUACCCAAACAGUCAAGGUUGAGAGUUCUAAAAAUGUCCCUUCAAGAGGUGAUGGGAAAAAAUGGAAAAACUAGAACUUGUGGAAUAGAAAUAAAGUUUCUGGAUAUUGUUAUCUUGGGGAGAAAUCUGUAUGGGUGUUUGUAGGGCAUGGGAAGUGUCUCCAGACUUCAUAACUAAAGCUUUGGAAGGCUCCUGUUACUUAAAAGACAGCCACUAAACCAAGGUUCUGUUGUUCCUGAGUACACUAUCUUAGUUAAACUGUUGGCAUUUAAAAUAUGCGUAGCAUUACAGCUAAAUUUGUGUAGUCACCAUUAGAGCACCAUCUUUGUUCAUUUUGUUAUCUUUAUACUCACUGGUUUUUCUUUGAUAAAAGACCAUUUUCAACUUGGAAUUGAAUGUUCUCUUUGGCCCAGGUAUCAGAAGCUAAUUAGGUCUUGGAUCUGAAUUUCAGCUGAGCAGAAAAUUUUUAACUACAUUUUUAAAUUAAAAGGCCAAAUUGUUUAUUUUGAAUUAAGGGAAUAUUUUGUAGGGGUGUAGGUAGACUCCAGUCUUAUCUUAAUCCCUAGGAUCAUUUGGUUUUAGUCAAUUUUUUUUUCUUGUUUCUUUUUUGGCUCCUAAAUGUGAAUUAGGACUCUACAGUACUUUAGAGAGUUUUCUGUGUGUUUGUUUUCCUUGCUAUAUAGCACAGGCUGUCCUUGGAGCUCUGUACUCUCAUUACCUCAGCCUCCUUGGGGUGACAUGCAUGUGUCCCCACACUGCUAAGUCGUAGGCAUUUUGCUUGCAGUGGGAGUGUAUUUCUGAUGAAGAAAAGACUAUAUAUAAAAUGUCUAUAUUUCAGCAUUCCUUUGAAUAGAUCUUUUUAUGAACAGUAGUAACUUUCUUCAAGUGGAAACUUCAUGAACAUUUUGCUGGUCUUUGUCCAUUUGGAAACCCAACAUGAGCACAUUGCAGUGUUUAUAGACAAAUGUAUGUUUGAUCUUGAGUAAACUAAUAAAGACUGUAUUUUAGAAAUGA